UAUGCUUGGUGUCUUUACCUGUUAGUUUGAGUUCCAACAUGCUCUGUAGAUGAUCAGUUACCUACAGAGGACAAUUUUUCUAGCCAAGCAGUAAAUCCACCUUAAAAUGCUUCUUGCCAAGGACAAUGCCUUUGCAAAUAUUUGAGAUGUUUAUUCUCAGUUGUGAUUUAUUACUGAAUCUGUGUCUUCAUAGCUACUCCUUGGGAGGUGCAGAAGGAGGCAGAGCCAGAAAGCAAGUCCCUGCAAUCAGUUCGUUAUAGAGAAAGAAAAAGCUGUUAUUUCAGCGUUCUGGUGGAUAGACUUUCCGAUAUGUAUGUUCUGUGUCUAUUUAAUUUCAUGUAGUGCUGCAUCUAAUCACUCUGUUUAAUCGAACAGAAUGUCCUUUUGCUUUGCUUUUGCUUGUAAAGAGCACACAGCACUGCCACCUUGUUGCCAAAGUUUGGUCUGAUUUGAAUGUGCUUAAAAAUCAAGUGAAUGCCUGUUUGGAAAAAGCUUACUCCUUCUCUUUGUCAGUACUUGCAAAAACAACUUAAAAGAAGUUAGCAUUGUUGGACUGAAUUCAGUAAUUAGCAUAAUCAUGAUGCUAUGUAUUGUUCACCAGGGCACGCCCCUUGGCCGCAUUUCCCAUUAAGAGGACACCGAUGUUGUCCUAGUGAAUAAAUCCCGGCACACAUGAUGCAAAUCAGCGUGUUCCUGCCUGCCGCUUGGCUGCGGUUAAUUUUAGCCGGGGUUAGUUCUAUGAGUUGUAAAAGUAGAAGUUAGCAAGCUGAAAUGUGACUUCUCGGCCUAAUGUGAUAGGAUAUCUAUUUUAGACUUCAGAUUGUGUUUAUGAUCAGGAGAGCAGUCUUCUGAAGAAUUGUGGCUCAGUUUUCUUGGAAACUACUUGAGGAGACAUCACAGCUUUCCCAGAUCAGGAAGAAAAAUAUGGAAUGUGUUUUACCGCUGACUGAACACAACCAAAUGAACUGUCCUGACAGUAGUUUGCAAACCAGCAGCUAGCAGUUUGUCCAGCCUCUAACAUUGUCCAGCACUUUCCAGAGCAAACUCACUGUUUACAAGAACUCUUGGCCUUACGAAGUUUAUAACCUCAAGCUUUGUUUAUUUAAAAUAUUCCUGCAAAAGAAAAGUACCCGGCACCCACUUUCCAAAAUGGCCAUGGAUGAGUAUUUGUGGAUGGUCAUUUUGGGUUUCAUCAUAGCUUUCAUCUUGGCCUUUUCUGUUGGUGCAAACGAUGUUGCCAACUCCUUUGGUACGGCCGUGGGCUCUGGUGUGGUGACCUUGAGGCAGGCGUGCAUUUUAGCUUCAAUAUUUGAAACCACCGGCUCCGUAUUACUAGGAGCCAAAGUAGGAGAAACCAUUCGCAAAGGUAUCAUUGACGUGAACCUGUACAACGAGACGGUGGAGAUGCUCAUGGCUGGGGAAGUUAGUGCCAUGGUUGGUAGAGAUGACGGCACAACAGACAGCUGAUGUAUACGGGUAAUUUGGUUAGGGAGAAGAGGGUUAGAGAGGAAUUCUACCACCUUCUGCUUUCAACAGGACAUAUCCUCUUGUAGGAAGAGUCCUGCAGCAGGAGGUUCCGCUGUGUGGCAGCUGAUCGCUUCCUUCCUGAGGCUUCCAAUCUCAGGAACGCACUGCAUUGUGGGUUCUACUAUAGGAUUCUCGCUGGUCGCAAUCGGUACCAAAGGUGUGCAGUGGAUGGAGCUUGUCAAGAUUGUUGCUUCUUGGUUUAUAUCUCCACUGUUGUCUGGUUUCAUGUCUGGCCUGCUGUUUGUACUCAUCAGAAUUUUCAUCUUAAAAAAGGAAGACCCUGUUCCCAACGGUCUCCGGGCACUCCCAGUAUUCUAUGCUGCUACCAUAGCAAUCAAUGUCUUUUCCAUCAUGUACACAGGAGCACCAGUGCUCGGCCUGGUUCUCCCCAUGUGGGCCAUAGCCCUCAUUUCCUUUGGUGUCGCCCUCCUGUUCGCUUUCUUUGUGUGGCUCUUCGUAUGUCCGUGGAUGCGGAGGAAAAUAACAGACAAAUUACAAAAAGAAGGUGCUUUAUCACGAGUAUCUGAUGAAAGCCUCAGUAAAGUUCAGGAAGCAGAGUCCCCAGUAUUUAAAGAGCUACCAGGUGCCAAGGCUAAUGAUGACAGCACCAUCCCGCUCACGGGAGCAGCAGGGGAGACGUCCGGGACCUCAGAAGGCACCUCUGCGGGCAGCCACCCUCGGGCUGCAUACGGAAGGGCGCUGUCCAUGACCCAUGGCUCUGUGAAAUCGCCCGUCUCCAACGGCACCUUCGGCUUCGAUGGCCACACCAGGAGCGACGGUCAUGUGUACCACACCGUGCACAAAGACUCGGGGCUCUACAAAGACCUGCUGCACAAAAUCCACAUCGACAGGGGCCCCGAGGAGAAGCCGGCCCAGGAAAGCAACUACAGGCUGCUGCGCCGUAACAACAGUUACACCUGCUACACCGCAGCCAUCUGCGGGCUGCCAGUGCACGCCACCUUCCGAGCCGCGGACUCAUCGGCCCCAGAGGACAGCGAGAAGCUGGUGGGCGACACCGUGUCCUACUCCAAGAAGAGGCUGCGCUACGACAGCUACUCAAGCUACUGCAACGCGGUGGCAGAGGCGGAGAUCGAGGCGGAGGAGGGCGGCGUGGAGAUGAAGCUGGCGUCAGAGCUGGCCGAUCCUGACCAGCCACGAGAGGACCCUGCGGAGGAGGAGAAGGAGGAAAAGGACGCGCCCGAGGUGCAUCUCCUGUUCCAUUUCCUGCAGGUCCUCACCGCCUGUUUCGGGUCGUUUGCUCACGGCGGCAAUGACGUGAGUAAUGCCAUCGGUCCCCUGGUAGCCUUGUGGCUGAUUUACAAACAAGGCGGGGUAAUGCAAGAAGCAGCUACACCCGUCUGGCUGCUGUUUUAUGGAGGAGUUGGAAUCUGCACAGGCCUCUGGGUCUGGGGGAGAAGAGUGAUUCAGACCAUGGGGAAAGACCUCACUCCCAUCACGCCGUCCAGUGGCUUCACGAUCGAGCUGGCCUCAGCCUUCACGGUGGUGAUCGCCUCCAACAUUGGGCUUCCAGUCAGCACCACACACUGCAAGGUGGGCUCGGUGGUGGCCGUGGGCUGGAUCCGCUCCCGCAAGGCUGUGGACUGGCGCCUUUUUCGGAACAUCUUCGUGGCCUGGUUCGUGACCGUCCCUGUGGCUGGGCUGUUCAGCGCUGCUGUCAUGGCUCUUCUCAUGUAUGGGAUUCUUCCAUAUGUGUGAUUUGUCUUCUUCCAGCUGCAAACAGCUAAAGCGAUGGUCUGGUGUGGGCGUGUGGGAAACAUGUGCCCUCAUGCCACACAUACACAUCCUGGCCUUGCACGGCUCUCAUGACCAGCUCUCCGCCUCCCUUCCAGGAGGCUGCAUCCCACACUGUUCACCCGGGCUGCGGAGACUCACCUUCUCAAGCUAACUUAACUACUGUACAUAAUAAUAUGUAUUAAACUGGUAUCGUGGUGAUAUAAUGUGGUGCAGUUACUUAUAUAUUAAAUAUCUAUUGUAUCCAUAGAAUAGGCAGCGUUAUUUCAAACAUAUUCAAGUUGGAAGUGGAAAUCAUUGCCUAGAAGUCAAUAUUCAGCAAAUCUUGUACAUAACUAUUUUGAUGGCAAAUGUUAAGCCUUUUAAAAGGAAAGAGUAGAUUGGAAAAUGAUUUUUUUCCAAAUGAUGUUUUUCCCUUCUAAUAUACUAUAAGGUGAUGAGCUUCAGGACAGGCGACACGACCCUGCAGAGGCCACGUGCUGUGGGAUGCCAGCGGGAUGGGGAGCUCACAAGUGCUUUCACUGAAGAUUUGUUCAUAUACUGUGUAUUGAUUUUUGUGUAAUGUAUCAUCAUUGCUUUUGUAAAUACGUAAAACUGUAAUUUUUUAAUGGUGUGCUUCCCUUAUACUUUUUUGAUCAGAGAAUUUUGGAAAGUACCAAAGAAGCAGGGGAAUCGUUGGCCAGUGUUACAUUUUCACAUUGUCUGUCUCCCACCCUCACUGAUCAUGCCUGCCCUGGAGCAGCGUGUGGCGGUGACACCGUCACCCAGCAUGCGCCACGCUGUGGCUCCCACCAGCAGUGCCACCACCGCCGCCACACCCCAGAUCCCACCCGCCCUGCAGUGGCCUUUCCUUGUCAUCAGAGUAGAGAAUGCACAGGUGUUGGUGAGGACGUGCGGCUGAGCACUACAUGUCAAGUCCAGGGUCAGUUUUCAUCCCAAUUCUCCCCGCAGCCCGAAGAAUGGAUCCUUGUCUCAAAUGUCAGCACAAAGGAGGCUUUUUCUGUGCUUUGACAUUCUAGCAGUUCAGGGAUGGGAGGGAGGGGAAAUCCUGGAUGCUGGAUGGGGUAUUUCUCUGAGGCCUACACAAAGCUGGACAUCCCCAGGCUCUACUCUAUCCCACUGGAGUCUCUUCUUUUUUGAUAGUGGGGAGGGAGGAAGUACGACUAAUGUUGGAGCCUGAAACUUUGGAAAUGCUGCUAAAAUUUUUAUAUUGACAAACAUUUUCUUGGUACUUCAUUGUGAUUUUUCAUUAAUCAACCAUAUUAAAUUUAUAAUAAAAAAUGCCCCUCGGAA